AGUCCACAACUCGACUUCACCACCACUCGUCGCUCUCUAGGCGCUCUCACGUCCGCAGCCUCGCCUUGCGCCCUCUCUCCGCGCGCACUUCCUCGCAACCGGCCGCCGCGCCACUGCGCCCAGCAUGAGCUACCCCUUCUCCUCCUCCUACGCCCAAGCCUCGCCGCAGCAAGGCUACGCCUCGUACGGGCGCGACGACGGCACUGCGCCGGCGCACAUGCGGCAGGACUCGCACGCCUCCGAGGCGGAAAAGUUCGACGACGGCGCACGCGGCCGCACGCACGCCACGUACGCAGACGCAGACGACGACCGACAUGCGGCGCCGCUGUACCAGAAGGGCAUCUGGUCGCCCGACGACAAGCGUGCCUUUACGCGCAGGAACGUGGGCGUAAAGAUCUGCAGGUCCAUCGCGUGCGUGGUGAUCUGGGCCGCUCUUAUCAUCAUCUGCGUCAUUUGCCUCUUCGUCACCUUCGCACGGCCGCCAAACAUCGGCAUCUCUGGCGUGACGGUGCCGUCCGCGUCCGACGUCUCCCUCACGUCGGACGGUUUCACGCUCAACGGCUCGGUCAGCUUCGCCAUCUCGAACCCCAACUCCUUCACCGCGACGAUCAGCAAGCUUGAGGCGCACGUCUAUGACAACGACGCAAACUCGAACGUGGACAUCGGGCGCGGCACCAUCACCGACAAGCAGAUCAAGGCCAACGACAACACGACGAUUGUGUUCCCGUUCCAGAUCGUCUACGACCCGGCCAAGGACACGAACCGCGCCAUCCUGAAGGACAUCGCCUCGAAGUGCUCCAGCUUUGGGCAGAAUCUCGACUUCACGCUCAAGGUCGACGUCAAGCUCUCGAUCGUCAGCGUCGGCAUUCCCUUCACUGUCAGCCGGCCGCUCAGCUUCCCGUGUCCCGACGCCAUUGCUCAAAUCGUCAGCGCCACCGGCAACCUCGGCAACCUGGUCAGCGGGCUCACGAGCAAGCGGCGACAGCUCAGUGCGCGCGCACACGAGCUGGCCGACCUGGCGGUGCGCGAGCUCAGGCUCGAGCUCGACGGCGACGAAGCCUCGCGGGCCGCGCGCCGCUCAGAGCAGCGCCGCAACCUCGCAGAGGCGGCAAAUGGCGUCUUUAACGAGCUGCAAAGCCGCGACUGGCCUGGCCUCAAGCAGCGUGUGCGGCGACUGGCACAGAGCGAGGCUCUCUGAGCUGUCGCCAUCCGCUCGCCGUGCACCCGGACCCUCUCAUGUACUCGCUUCUCCAUUCAGAUCUCAUCUCUCUCGCUCUUCG